UCUCUCUCUCUCUCUCUGACUCUUAGUUACAAACAGCAACAUAACAUACAUAAUAACAUAUACAUUGGUUGUUUGGUUGAACGCUGAAGAUGAAAUCAGUGUGUUAUUAUAAUGUUGCAAUAUUGUGCGUUGUAGCUUUUGUUCUUGUCUUUGGGGGAAGCCAGGUGUGUACGGCAGCAGUGACUUGCAGCCCACUGGAGCUAGCUCCAUGCGCCACAGCAAUCACAUCCUCAAGCCCUCCCUCUGCCAUAUGUUGCGGCAAACUGAAGGAGCAGAGGCCUUGCCUUUGCAAGUAUGUCAAGGACCCUAACCUCCAGAAGCUGGUCAACUCCCCAAACGCCAAGAAGGUGGCAAGCACUUGUGGCUCCCCAUUUCCCUCAUGCCCUAGCUAAUCAUCUCAAGUUUGAUGCUCGCUUUAUAUCUUAAUUACAACUGUGUUUUUGUUUAUGAUCUUGAUUAGUAGCAGCAUUGGCCAAUAGGAGUGAGUGGUGUUGGUAUUAAGAAAGAAUAAUGGUCCUGGCUUUCCCAGGCCCUUGUGACUUGGGAGAGAUGGACGUAUAUGCCUAGUUAUUGUCUGUGUUGAAGCUUUUUAUUUUUGGUUUUGGUUUUGUUGUUGCUCUUGCCGUUAAGCUUUUAGAAGCGGCUUUAUAUAUAAUAUAUGGCUUUCCUAA